GAAAUGGAAACGUCAUGGUGUCCCUGUCGAGUGGAAAAUGGCAGUCAACGAUUGAACACCAUACUGCAUGGGACCAUUGUAUAUGCAAAGUUGAAACCAGCAAUCUCGACCUAACUCGUGUCGUGCAUUUUUUUUUUCGCGUUUGCUCCAUUCAUUCUUCUUUUUCACCUCUUAUCUUAGUUUCUAUCUCUUUUUGACGCGCACUUGAAGAUUUGAAGUACUUCCACAAAGGGGGUAACCUUUUUCCUCCGUUGAAAACGAGGGGAAGAAGGUUUCUCAACUGCCCUUUUCACACCUCAACUUCCCGCCUUCUUCACUUGCUUCUCGAACUUCUUCCCUUUUGAAGCUAUUAAUACUAGUUCCUUAUUCAGUUUCUAGAUAUCUUAGGAAGAGGAGCACAGAAAACCACCCCUCUCUCUCUAAGCACAGCCUAAGAUGUCUUACUCAUGAUUUCCUGCUAUCUCAAAUUGCUGCUACAAGCAAGAAGAAGUGGAGUCUGAUUGAACUCUGAAGUGGGCAGAAUGCGUUUUGAAAUCAAGUGGACCUUGAGUGCUUACCGUAGUGUACAAUUUUGAAUUGCUUUGCCAAUAUUGCUGGGUGAAUUGAUACAGUGGGAGGCAAUCAAUAGUUGUAACUUGGAUAUUCUUAAGGAAAUGUAAACUUGAUAAGUUGGAGCUCCACCAAAGUAGUAAAGAUACAUUCCAAAGAUGAUGAAGAAACAAUUGACAGGCAUACGGGGUGAUUCUCCCCUACAAUCGGCAAUCCGAGUUGGAAAUUUAGAAUUGGUUCUGGAAAUCAUCUCUCAGAGUCCAGAGGACGAAUUAAAGGAGUUGCUUUCAAAACAAAACAACUCUUUUGAAACUGCCUUAUAUGUUGCUGCUGAAAAUGGUCAUCUUGAUAUACUGAAGGAAUUGAUUAGAUACCAUGAUAUUGGGUUGGCCAGCUUCAAAGCUAGAAAUGGAUUCGAUCCAUUCCAUAUUGCUGCUAAAAAUGGACACUUGGAGAUAGUGAAGGUCCUCAUGGAGGCCUUUCCUGAAAUUUCAAUGACUGUUGAUCUGUCGAACACUACUGGGUUGCAUACUGCUGCAGCACAAGGACACAUUGAGGUAGUAAAUUUUCUCUUGGAAAAAGGUAGUAGCCUGAUAACUAUUGCUAAAAGCAAUGGGAAAACUGUAUUGCAUUCUGCUGCAAGAAAUGGCUACGUGGAGGUCGUCAAGGCCCUUCUGAGCAAAGAACCUGAAAUUGCAAUGAGAAUUGAUAAGAAGGGGCAGACAGCACUCCAUAUGGCGGUUAAAGGACAGAAUCUUGAGUUGGUGGAUGAACUCGUGAAACUGAAUCCAUCUUUGGCAAAUAUGGUGGAUGCCAAGGGAAACACUGCACUGCAUAUAGCAACCCGGAAAGGUCGUCUACAGGUUGUUCAGAAGUUACUAGAUUGCAGAGAAAUAGACACAGAUGUUAUUAACAAAUCUGGAGAAACUGCUUUGGAUACUGCUGAGAAAAAUGGUCGCCUGGAAAUUGCCAACUUUCUGCAACAUCGUGGAGCUCAAAGUGCCAAGUCCAUCAAGUCACCGACUACAAACACGGCCCUUGAGCUCAAACGAACAGUGAGUGACAUAAAAAGUGGGGUUCAUAACCAACUGGAACACACAAUUAAAACACAAAGACGUAUGCAAGGUAUAGCGAAGCGAAUCAACAAAAUGCACACCGAGGGGCUUAACAAUGCGAUCAACUCCAACACUGUAGUUGCUGUCCUUAUUGCAACAGUUGCUUUUGCUGCCAUAUUUAAUGUCCCGGGCCAGUAUCCUGAGAAACAAAAUGAACUCUCUCCUGGAAUGUCUCCUGGGGAAGCAUAUAUUGCUCCGGAUAUCGGAUUCAAGAUAUUCAUAAUCUUUGAUUCUACUGCUCUCUUCAUAUCAUUGGCUGUUGUGAUUGUCCAAACAUCAGUGGUUGUUAUUGAGAGGAAAGCAAAGAGACAAAUGAUGGCAGUUAUAAAUAAGUUGAUGUGGGUAGCAUGUGUGCUGAUUUCUGUGGCAUUUAUUGCAAUGUCAUACAUAAUUGUUGGGGAUCAUAAAGAGUUGGCUAUAGCAGCCACAGUUCUAGGAACAGUGAUUAUGGCAGCUACGUUGGGAACACUCUGUUAUUGGGUGAUUACUCACCACCUUGAGGCCUCAAGAUUGCGAAGUCUUAGGACAACAAUGAGCAGUAGGCAGUCAAUGUCUAUGUCAAUGAUGUCAGGAUCGGAGAAUGAGUAUAAGACAGUGUAUGCAAUCUAACUUUGAUUUCUACCAUUUCAGAGUUCUCCCUCCUUUUUUGGCCAGUUACACUAACAUUGAUGUAGGGUUUGUUUCUUAGGAAAACAAACAUUAACUAACAUGCCUUUGCAGAACACAGGCUAAAGAUGUAAUCAUAGUUUCCUUGAUAAGUGAAUGUGUCAUUCUAAAUUGUAAGUAUUGGAUCAUACCUAUUUUGAGUAUUUUCAAGUUAGCUUCAUCAGAAAAUAAAUAAUAUACAUACUUACUGCCGUUCCCUCUA